GAAUGUGUUAAAUUCUUUUGAUAGUAGUAUCAAAAAUAAAUCUCGAAGUCACCCAAAAAACAAAAUAAAAUAAAUAUUGAGAGGAUCCAUUCCCUAUUUAAUUGAUGUGAUGCCAUUUCAGUAACGGGGAGUGCAGAGGGGUAAACCGUAAAGGAUGGAAGAAAGCAAAGAAGAAGCAGAGGCAGCGAUGCAGAAGAAGUACUCGUCAAUGGUGGAACGGCUCAACAAACGCCACCAAUCCCGUUCAGACAAUAACAACGAAUCGGAAUCAUCUUCAUCCCCUGCCUUCGAGUCCACGUCAUCCUUCCUCACCCGAUUCUCCAACCUCAAAUCCUCCAUCGAAUCCCAACUCACUCACUCCCAUUCCCUCUCCUCUUCCGACCCAUCGCAGCUCAAACCCCAUUUCGAGCAAAUCUCAGCAUCAAUCUCCCAUUUGGAGAAGCUUGUUGCAGAAAACUCCUACUUCCUUCCCUCCUACGACGUUCGAUCCUCCCUCAAAACCAUCGCCGAUUUGAAACACACCCUAGAAACCCUCAUCUCCCAGCUUCUCCCUAAGAAGAAGUUCUCCUUCAAGAACAAGGCUGCCACCAACAAAGACACUACCAACAACAACAACAACAACAACAACAACAAUACUGUUACUCCACAAGAACCCAAGCAGCCCCUACCUCUCAAUCGCGACUCCCCGGGGUUCAGGAACAAAUCCGGCGAGCUUUUGGUGGGUGAUUUUAGGGGAUCGGAGGUUGGAGAAUUCACGGUGUCUGAUCUCAAUUCCUGCGAGGUUAGGAUAAUUGGUUGUGUGAGGAUGCUCUUCGUUCACAGGUUGAAGGAUUCUAGGGUUUACGUUGAGCCCGUUUCCAUGGCGUCACAUCAGAUUCGGAUCCACGCUGCAACGAGGAGCGAUUUUUACCUGAGAGUUAGGAGCAGGCCCAUAAUCGAGGACAGCAAUGGGGUGAGGUUUGCGCCGUACUGCUUGCGCUACGAAGGGAUCGAAGAGGAUCUUCGUGGUGCUGGUCUUGAUGCAGAAACCGGGAAUUGGGGGAAUGUGGACGAUUUCAAGUGGUUGAGGGCGGUGCAGUCUCCAAAUUGGUCGAUUUUGCCGGAAAAUGUUAGGGUUGGAAUCGUUGAUUUCAAUUCGGAAAAUGGGAAGGAGGAGGAAAUUUGAGUAGGUUUGUUGUUGUAGGAUGCUCCAAGUGUUCAAGAUUUUUUAUUUGUCUUGUGGGGACUAUGUGCAAUUGAAGUGAUUUUGGCGAUGCUAGUGUCUGUGACUGCUGAGUUUUCACUUUACUGUUGCUAUUGUUUGAUUUAAAAGAAAAGCUUAGAAAUGAUAUGAUAUAACUAUUGCUUAAUCGUUUCGCACAUAA